AUGAGCUUUUACACUGUUGUCGCUGUCCUUUUAGUUGUUGCGCUAACAUCCGCAGUAUUCUGGGUUUUCGCACCUAAGCAGAACCAAACAGUGUGGAGAAGUACCGUUAUUCUAACACUUUCCAUGAUGUACCUAAUGUGGGCAAUCACAUAUUUGUCUCAGUUGCAUCCUUUGGUGGAGCCUCGUCGUGCAGAUCUAAGACCGGAGUUCGCAGAAUGA